AUGGCCUCCCUGGGAGGUCUGAUUGUAGAUUGUACCCCUCUCCUGGAGAGAUUAGAGGGCUAUAAUGCCCGACCUUCUCCACCUGAUCUAGAACAUGUAAGAGAAAUAUUUUCCAUUGGAAGGGAGGAAGCUAUAAUUGAACCUUUAAUUAAGACCGAGACUGUAGAUGGCGGUCAAGGGGGAGUCCAACAAGUUAUUACCCGCAUCGUUCCUUAUUCCCCUACUGAUUUGGCUAAAAUUCAGGAAUAUUCCCAGGGACCCCGAGAAAUGGAAACUGAAUAUGUAUGGAGAGUAUCUCUUACUGGGGGUGACCAUAUCUUGCUGAGUGAGGACGAGGCAAGAGGGUAUUGGGGACCGAGGGUUUUUAUAACCACAAAUGACGAGCCUUGGUCCCUGAUCCAAAGGGUAGCAUACUGGGCAGGUGGACUGGAUCCUAUGGAAAGGGGAGACCCCUUCUCGAUUAAAAUGCCUACGGCGGGUCACAUUUUAGAGAGUGUACAGAAAACUGCGUGUCUCCAGUUGAUGCGUGACCGAUUACUGCUUCCACAACAGCCCUCUCCCAUGCAAUAUGUGGCAGACCCUGACAGGUUGCACCCUCUUAUAAGGGGACUACCUGAUGCCUUGAAAUUAUAUGCGGUGCAACUACAAGAUCGGUUGAGGGCACCCCGACCCCAGAGAAGGGGAGGUCCCCCGGAGAUGACAUGGGGAGAAGUAGCACAGGAAUUGAUUAAUUAUAGGAGACGAAUGGGAUUUACCGGUCUGGGAGAGACAAAAUCCAAGGUGGACCUUAGAAGGGUGGAAGGGAAUGGAGGAAUAAAAGCUACACCCUCACGCAAUUCUCGACACACUCCGGCGAGGCCAACGUGA